AUGUCUGCUGUUAACAACACUUUGAUCCUUGGAGGAAAUAGUACCGCCGCUGACCAGAAGAACGGUCAGAGUGCUGGCCAGUUCGCUGCCUCUCUAAUCACUGCUAUCGCCAUCUUCGGCAUCCAAGUCCUCAUCUUCCUCCUGAUCAAAGAUCGUUUUGCCCGCAUAUACCAACCUCGAACAUACCUGGUGCCGGAAAGAGAACGUACCAAACCAGUUGCCCCAGGAUGGUGGGCAUGGGUUGCUCCUGUUCUCACCACCUCCAACUCAGACUUCGUUCAGAAAUGCGGUCUCGAUGCCUACUUCUUUCUGAGAUACCUCCGUACACUGCUCAAAAUCUUUGUGCCCGGGGCCCUGGUUAUCCUUCCCAUCCUGAUUCCACUGAAUCUAGUUGACGGCCGUGGUGCACGCUUUGCCCUGGGCCAACAAGAAAAUGCAUCUAAUGUCACUGGGCUAGAUCAAUUGGCUUGGGGUAAUGUUGCACCUGAUCAUACGGGCCGCUACUGGGCCCAUUGGCUACUUGCCCUGGCCUUGGUUGUUUGGGUCUGCUAUGUUUCCUUCGACGAAUUACGCGGCUACAUUCGAAUGCGUCAAGCAUACAUGACCUCCCCUCAACAUCGUCUCCGCGCCUCCGCUACUACGGUCCUUGUCAGCUCAAUACCUCAAAAGUGGUGCACUGUUGAGGCCCUUGAUGGGCUCUUUGACGUUUUCCCUGGUGGAUUGAGAAAUAUCUGGAUCAACCGAAACUUUGAUGAGCUAAAUGAAAAAAUCAAGAAACGUGAUAAGCUUGCUUCGACCCUGGAAUCAGCCGAGAGUGAGCUCAUCAAGAAGUGCUUCAAGCAGAACGAAAAGAAUAUUGCCAAGGCCGAAAAGCAGGCCGGAAAGAAAUUGUCAAAGUCUGAUAGGAAGACAAGAGCUGCCAUUCGCGAUGAGGCGGGCGAUAAAGCCGCCCAUGGACAUGGCAUUACCACUGGCAAUCCACACCAAAUAAACCACAACCUUCGUGACGUUCUUGGCGGUCAUGCAGGCCACGAUUCCUCUGCGUCGUCUUCGGAUGUCGAAGACGAGAUCGAGGAUCGCGGCGGCGGUCGACAUCCUAUUCCUAUCCCAGUUCUCGGUCAAGGGAUUUCAGCUGUUACUCAUGGUUUGGACAGGUUUGGCACUAAAUUGCUAGGAGGAAUCAAAGGAGUAAACAAAGGAGUAAAUGAUACAAUCGAUACGACUAAUGGAUUCACCGCCGAUAACAUGGAACAGCGGGACUUGGGAAGGACAUCUGGGGAUCAGAAGCAUUCUCAUGACGCAGAGCCACGUUCUGCCGAUGUGAACCAGAGAGUCCCAGGCCAGCCCAAAACAUCUCAUGUGAACGAUGCUUCAGCACGGACUGUAUCAUCCCCAGCAGGCCCUGACGGAUCUAUCGAUAAAAACACUCGGGAUGGCCGCCGGCUCAGUCCAAUCUCGCAAUCUAGUACCAUGCGAGAAGAAAAACCUCGUCCUGAAAAACCCCUCACCAAGUUCGAGAAGUUCAAAAGGACCAUUGGUCUUGCAUCCGAGGAAAAGGAGCCUGUUGACUAUCCUGAUGCGUUUGCCUCGGACUUCAACCACGAACCAGACGAUGCAUUGUGGCGUCGCUACCUGAAGGACGAGGACCGCGCAACCAUGAGACUCCCCAUAUUUGGUUGGCAAUGGAUGUUUAUCCUCCCAUUCGUUGGCCAGAAGGUCGACACCAUCGAGUAUUGUCGGAAAGAGGUGGCCAGGCUCAACUCUGAAAUCGAGGAUGACCAAGCUCACCCAGAACGAUUUCCUCUGAUGAAUUCAGCGUUCAUCCAAUUCAACCACCAAGUUGCAGCACACAUGGCCUGUCAAAGUGUCGCUCAUCAUCUUCCCAAACAAAUGGCUCCACGCUUGGUUGAAAUUGACCCGAACGAUGUCAUCUGGGACAACAUGUCAAUUCCCUGGUGGUCGGCCUAUGCUCGAACCGGGGGUGUGAUUGCGAUUGUUACCGGAAUGAUUAUCCUCUGGGCUCUCCCCGUCGCGUUUACUUCUGCCUUGUCACAGAUCGAAACAGCUGCCAAAAGCUUUUCAUUUCUGCACUGGAUCAUGAGUAUUCCACCUUGGUUUAGAAGUGUAUUGCAGGGUGUCCUUCCUCCGGCAUUACUCGGUUUGCUCUUGUUUCUUCUCCCUCUCAUCCUAAGAUUUUUGGUGCGGCUCCAAGGAACUCAAUCUGGGAUGCUUGUGGAACUAUCUGUCCAACGAUACUACUUUUGGUUCCUCUUCGUGCAGCUGUUCUUGGUCGUUUCGAUUGCCGGGGCCUUGACCCAGUUCUUUGCCCUAUUCCAAAGCGUCGAAGGAUUUACCAAUGUUCCAUCAUUGCUUGGGACAAACAUUCCCAAAGCUUCGAAUUACUUCUUCUCAUACAUGCUUCUUCAAGCACUUUCGGUAAGUGCCGGGGCACUUUUGCAAGUCGGUUCACUCAUCGGUUGGUUUGUCCUUGCUCCGAUCCUCGACAGCACCGCUAGAGCCAAAUUUAAACGACAAACCAACUUGUCGAAUAUCCAAUGGGGUACUUUCUUCCCGGUAUACACGAACUUGGCCUGUAUCGGCUUGAUCUACUCAGUGAUAUCGCCACUGAUCUUACUGUUCAACAUCAUCACUUUCUCAUUGUUCUGGUUCGUGUACAGAUACAACACGCUCUAUGUCACAAGAUUCACUCGGGACACUGGAGGUCUUCUGUACCCAAACGCCAUCAAUUUCACUUUCGUGGGAAUAUAUGUGAUGGAAAUUGCUCUGAUCGGCAUGUUCUUCCUCGUCAGGGACGAAGCCGGUCAAGUAUCAUGUGCCGGGCAAGGUAUCGGUACAAUCAUCAUGUUGAUCCUGACAGCAGGCUAUCAAUUGCUGCUUAACAAUGCUUUCAGUCCUCUUUUCAGAUAUCUGCCUAUUACUCUUGAGGAUGAUGCCGUGAGACGAGACGAAGAGUUCGCACGUGCUAUGAUGCAAAGGCAUGGUGUCAUUGAGGAUGAGGACGAUGGAGCCGAUAUUGAAGACCAAUUGGAGCAAAGGGAACAUGAUGAGAGGGACGAAAACCGAAACGAGGAAGAGUAUGAGUUGGACAGAAUUGACUCAGAGAAGAGAGAUCGAUUGGAACGACAGAGAUCUCGCAAAUUCCCAGAACUUGAGCCAUACGAAUUUCAGAAUCCAGAAAUUGCAAUGAAUUUAGACGUACAGAGCAAGGGUGUUCGUUGGGCCAAAGCAGCUGCUCACAAGACCACCGGAACUACGAAGAAUUUGAUGCCACGAAAUCUCUCUCGCAAGGAUCACCGCGAGAGCCGAAAGUCAUGGGCGGAUCGUGACAACACGCGCAACCGCAAAUCAGCGAAUUUCGGUCAAUGGGAGAGUCCUUCGAAAAGCCACAGCCGAGUUAGAAGCGAGGCAGGUAGAGCGCAGGGAAGUCAUCCAUCCUAUAGACGCGGCCAUCAUUCCAAGAGACGCGAGCAGCCUGCUCGUAAUGCCGGCAAUGUUCUCGACACAAUCAACAACUUCAACCCGUUGACAGGUAACGAGAAGGACGUUGAGGCACAGCGCGCGGCUCGAACUCAACUCGCAGAUGCACUCUUCGCUGGUGUUAAUGACGAACUGGAAGACUUGACCCCGGAGGAGCGUGACAAAUUGGUCCAGCGGGCAUUCCAGCACAGUGCACUGCGUGCUCGACGACCUGUCAUUUGGCUGCCACGCGACGAACUCGGCGUUAGUGACGACGAAGUCCAUCGCAUGGGUGAAUUCAGCUCGCACAUUUGGGUUAGCAACAUCAGACAAGGCCUCGACUCGAAGGGGCGUUGCGUCUACUCUGGCGCACCACCGGAUUUCAGCGAGAUCGAUCUGAUUCAGCUUUGA